GCAGCGAUGCCGUCUCAGCUGGCUGUUUGUGUCCUGGUGGCGGUCCUGGGCUGGACUGUUCCUGAGAGACUGUUCCACACUCGGGAUCACUCGGAUGUAGAAAUGUCGUCCUCUCACCUGGCCGAGCUGAUCACUGACACCGACACUGCUCAGCACUUUCUCUUCAAGUAUGGGUUCAUGAAGCCAGUCAAUUGGGAAAGCACCCAAAGCCCUGAUGCAGACACUCUAACUGAUGAUGAUGAUGAUGUCUUCUCAGAGGACACAGUGUCUAUCGUUCAGGAGGGGACUUCCUCGGCCCGCACAGGACGCCCCAAACAUUCCCCAGAAUCACCCGACUUUGUCAGAGCUCUGCUGGAGUUUCAGCGCGUGUCUGGUUUACCUGUUACAGGUGUGUUUGAUGACGCCACCAAAGUGGCCAUGAACAAACCAAGAUGCGGCGUCCCUGACAAGGAAGAGGACCAGACUGAGACCAUGGAGACCACCAUGGCUGCAAAGGACCUGAAUAAAUCCUCUGAGGUUUUUAACACCACAGCGACACCACAGAGUAACGACACAGACGUUGAUGCAGUUCAGAACAGCACCUCUGUCCAGGCGGAGACGAAAAAACAGCGCCACCUACAGAUACUGAUGCGUAAAAGUGGCAGGAGGAAAAGAAGCACCAGUACGUUGUGGGGACAUGCUGCGUUCUCCAAGAGCAUCCUGACAUGGCGUCUGAUUGGUGAAGGCUACAGCAGUCAGCUCUCGGUGGAUGAGCAGCGCUACAUCUUCAGGUUGGCGUUUAGGAUGUGGAGCGAAGUCUCGCCUCUGCAGUUCGUAGAGGAUCUGCAUUCACCGCUGGAAGAGAUCGACAUCAGACUGGGCUUCGGAACAGGUCGACACUUCGGAUGCUCUCAGAGGUUCGAUGGUGCUGGAAGGGAGUUCGCUCACGCCUGGUUUCUUGGUGACAUCCAUUUUGAUGAUGAUGAACAUUUCACAGCCCCCAACACAGGAAAUGGAAUCAGCCUCCUUAAGGUAGCUGUGCAUGAGAUCGGCCACGUGCUGGGCCUUCCUCACAUUUACCGCUCAGGAUCCAUCAUGCAGCCGAGCUAUCGGCCCCAGGACGACGGCUUUGAGCUCGACUGGCUCGACAGGAAGGCCAUUCAGAACCUUUACGGAGGGUGCGGGGGACGGUUCAGCACCGUGUUCGACUGGAUCAGGAAGGAGAGAACGACGUACGGCGAAGUGGUCAUUCGCUUCAACACCUACUUCAUGCGCAACGGUUGGUACUGGCUCUACGAGAACCGCAGCAACAGAACACGUUAUGGAGAUCCAGUCUCCGUGCAAGUGGGAUGGCACGGACUCCCCGUGUCCGGCGUGGACGCCUACGUGCACGUGUGGAGCCGCAACACGGACGCAGUGUAUUUCUUCAAAGGAACGCAGUAUUGGAAAUACGACAGCGAGAACGAUCAGGUAGUCACUGAAGACGCAGACGGCCAGCGAUACCCUCGUCUCAUCUCCGAGGGCUUCCCCGGCGUGCCGAGCCCCAUCGACACGGCCUACUACGACCGGAGAGACGCUCACAUCUACUUUUUCAGGGGUUCCAUGGUUUAUAGGUUCAGCGUCCAAGCUAACAAGCUAGCUGCUAAAACUCCUCAGAAAAUGACCGAGCUGUUUCCUGCGCUCUCCCCCGGCGACCAUCCUACGAGCAACCUGGAUGCCGCUUAUUUCUCGUACACCCACAACGCCCUCUUCCUGAUCAAGGGCGCCUCCUACUGGAAGGUGGUGGGAAGGAGGGAGCGCAAGGUGAAGCGCUCGCUGCCCUACAACAGCCUGCUGCCGAGGCGAGAGGUGCAGCAGCAGUGGUUCGACAUCUGUGACGUCCACGCCAGCGCUCUGAAAACUAACCGCCGGUGA